AUGCCCAGACUCAUUCUGGAUGGGUGCAAGUCUUCAGCGUUGCGGGCCGGGAAGCUGCGAAUGGGAGAUGAGGAGGGCGACCUUCCACGAAUCCGAGUGACCCGCUUCCACGGCUUUGCUUUCGCUCUGGACGGUCGGCGCUUGGCGAGCCUUCGCCGCGCUUUUGCCCCCACGGCCGAGGUGGAGGUGUGGGAGGAGUGCUUCCGAAGAGCGGAGAUCGGCAAGGAGUUCUACGAGAAGCUGGCGUCCAGUGCUCCUGGCGCCCAGGCCACAGGCAUCGUGAUCUCGAAGUCGGAGUCCAAGCCAGUCGAUGCCUCCGCCAACUUCGCACGCAGCCUCUGUGACGACCGAGACCAAGAAGCACUCCUGGAAAUUGUCCGGGCCGUGUACCUGAAGCAGAUUGCAGAGAUACAGAAGCAGUGCGAUGCUGCCGUGGCUUCUCUCAACGCCUGGCACUCCGAGCUGGAUCGCAGCAGCAGUGAGGUGACAAGUGCGGUCCUGCAGACAUUGAGCAAGGCAUCCGGGCUCACGGCCGUGGACUUCUACCGAUUCCUGGCGCGGCCUCCGCGGCUCAAGCUUCUGAAGGAGGCCUUGUAG